CCACACACGCGUUAUGCACAUCAAUCAAUCGACAGUCUGGUCCAUGCGCAACCAACACCCCACAGCAUGUAAGGUUCUGUCUGUCUGUCUGUCAUCCGUCGCAGCAUGCAUGGCCCCGCAGCCACUCAGCGAUGUCUGUAGCAUCGGCACACAGAUGGAGAGGCGCCUGAACACGCAAACAAAGUGGUUAACAAGUCGAAAAUAGCUGGCUCGUGCCAAUCGAUGCACCUCUUGUGUUCUCACCCACCGUGGUCACGGGGUGCGUCAGCUCGAGUGUGUGUGCGUGCAGCAUUAGCCGUGGCGCCCGAUCAGCCGCCUCGCGUGGCGCAUAGAAGUCGUCACCGAGUAUGGGAUGGCCAAUCGCACUCAGGUGGACACGCAGCUGGUGCGAACGACCUGUCAUCGAUCCAUCGAUCCAUUCGAUCAUCCAUCACAUACGCACACACACAGGAAGCCAAAAGGUGUGUGUGCGUGUGUGUGCGUCCCCCUUGCCUGCCUGUGAUGGGUGUGAGCUCGAGCAGCGACGCGUUGAUGUCAGGGAAGAUCCUCAGCACCCUCCACAGAGUGAUCGACCUCUUGCUCUUGGCAGUUUUGACCCCUGCUGGUGCCGAUGUGUCCGCACGAUUAUCAUCAUCAGAUGGUAGACGCCAAUCGACUCGAGAGGUCGGGGGAUUGGCGUAGUCUUUGACCAGCGGGAGCCUGAUCUCGCCUUCGCAACAGUGCGUCAAUCCAUCCACCACCGCAGCAUAGCGCUUCCGCACCUGAAUGAGAGGAGAGAGAGAGAUGAGCGGGCAGCAGGCAGGCAGGGCCCUGGUCUUAUCGCACCUUUUUCUUUCGGAACUGCUCGUAGAUGUCCCUCUGGGCCUCAUCCGUCUUGGCGAAGAGCAUGACGCCAGAUGUCAUCUGAUCAAGGCGGUGGCAGAUCAGCCUGAUCCAUCCAUCCAUCCAACAUACAGACGAAUCAAUCAACGAAGCAGACCAGCCUUUGUUUGUAUCGCCCCUACUUACUUGUCCACUCUAUCGGCCUUCACGUGCCUGCUGACUCGCGUCGCAACCGAGUCUUUGAUGACCCUGCCAGGCACAGACAAGAGGCCGCUGGGCUUGUUGACCGCAAUGACGGCAUUGUCUUCAUGGAGGAUGCUGAGAUCUACACUGUUGGGCAUCCCUUCGUGCUCUGAAGGCAGCAGACGCCGCCGCUUUGAGGGAAGUGGACGGCGGGUCGACUCCAUUCUCAGAUGAUAAAGGAAAGCGGUGUGCACGACGGUUCCUGCGCACGAUAGAAGAAGCGGAAUCAAUGGAAGCAUCUGUCGGAG